ACAGAGAAAGAGACAAGGAGAGAGAUGAUGGGAGAAAGAAAAGGGAGAGAGAGUGAGACACAGAGCAGAGGUUGACUUCGCUUUGUUGCGAAGCAAAGGUCCCGAGAACGAACAGAAAAAACUUAUCGGCGAAGGAAUCCGGUCAUGGCGGAGCCGGAGAUCAAAAAAGUUUCUUUUGAACCAACGGGUCCUAAGAAGAAGGUUGAGGAGUUGUGUGAAAGUAUAGUGAAAACUCUGGAAAGUGAUGGUAAUCAAAAAGUUAUUCUGGUUGGUGAAGCUGGAAUCGGGAAGACAUGGAUGGCUAAGAAGGUAGACGAACAUGUCUCUAAGAAGGAUGGCUUGUGCUACCAGACUAUUUGGCUGCAUCUCAACAAGAAGUUUAAAGUCAACGACAGCUAUGUAGCGAACAAGCUUUAUGAAGACGAGUGGACGCUUUACGAGAACAUAGCUUCUCAGUUAUGUGUGCAUUCUGAUUUUGAAGAGACUGAAGUUGGUGAUAGAGAUGAAGAGGAGGAGGAGCAGAAGAAAGUGGAGGUCUUGCUAGAGGACAUGAAGAAAAAUAUAAAGGAAGAGCUCCGGAAAAAGUUGAAGGCAAAACUAGAGAAGUUGGCUGAGGAGGAUGAGAAAAAAGCCAAGAAGUUGGCUGGGGAAAAAUCAGAGGCUGUUAAAAAACCGAAGAAUCCUCUUGGAAAUACGAAUCAACCAGCUGGAGAAAAGGAGAAACUGGCUAAACCAGAGGAGAAGCCAGCUGAAGAAGAGAAGAAAAAUACACCAUCUGCAAGAAAACCAUAUCUUCUGUUGAUUCUUGACGAUGAAGGGAUGACCAGUGAGGAAGAGGUGAUGGUGCAUUUGGGCCUUGAGUAUUUUCUUCAAAAUCACACACCUCGGAAAAUCCUUAUUACAAGAAGAGAAGCAAAUAAGAAGCCUGCACAAGCUGGUGGGGAGGCUGAGGAGAGAAAUGAGUCGGAUUCCAAUGUUGAGGGUGAGGACGUAGAUAGUGGAGGAAGAAGUGAGCCGGGUGAUGCGGCCACUAACAAUGAGGAGAUAACUGAGGCCACCGGUGAGGAAGUCAAGGGAAAGGAUACAAAUCUUGAUGUGAACACUGUAACCACUACCACGGGUGAGUUAUGGGGGGAUACGUUUUGUCAUGGGAAACUUGAGAUCCAUCCCACGACUUUUUCGGAGGAGUUACUUGAACCCUUCAGUGACAAGGACCCAGAGGAUUUAUUUCACUCCUUUUUCAACGAUUUCCCCGAUUUUUUGCUUGAGAAGUCUCAUGUGCGUGAUGUGACAUUGAUAUCUCACUUGGCGGAAAAGAGCAAGAAUUUGCCAGCUGGAAUCGUGGUGCUAGUCAAGUCACUAGAGUACACAUUUCAGAACACUUCCGAUCAGUCUUCUCGGAAAGAAAAGGAGACGUUAGUAAAAGAAAUGAUAGAAAGGGUUCUCACAGCGGAGCGGGAGGAGAACGAUAUCAAACCACACAAGGAGAAUCCAGUAUUGCUUCUUGCGUACGAGUUGUUGACAAUCAGUGAAUUGAAUCUUCCAAUCGUGGAUUGUUUUUGGCAUAGCUUGGACUUCUUUGAGCACUGUGGCAGUGUUUACUACCGUGACCUGAUCACACAAUGGAUACUUGAAGGCUACUUUGAUCCUGUUAGGUCUGUCGAAAAGGCGUACCAAGACGGUCAUGUUAUCUUGAUGGAGCUUGUAGACCGUGGGUUGCUGAAGAUACAAGAAAACAAUGUAGUGGUACCAGAGAUGGCGAUGAGAAAUGUGAUUGAUCCUCGACGUCGCGGGCAUUUAGGGACAUCUCGACUUGGAUUCUCUAGAGUCUAUGGUGGUAACAAGAAAAAAGGCAUAGGGAAAAUCACACAGAUAGAUGAUAUGAUUAAAACAGUGCAAGCGAAGAAAGCAGACAAGAUUUUCACACUUCUUGUUAGUGGUGAUCGUCUGCGUCGUGUAACUCUUACAAAGUUUUUCAAGGAAAUGGUAGAUCUUGAAGUACUUGGCCUGUUCGUACCCACAUUGGACCCUUUUUUCGAGGGAUUUUCAGAGCGUUGUUGCAAACUCCUCCGGGUUCUUAUAAUCAGGGAUUGUGAUCUACUCAAAGAUAUUGAGCAGCUUAAGCAUCUUCAUGGGCUACAUGCUCUUGAAGUUUCUGGCGCUAGCUCCCUGAAGAAAAUCUCUGACGAUUUCUUUAAGACAUUGUCUAAACUUCAGAGUCUUCACCUCUCUGGGCUUCAGAUCACAUCUUCCCCUUCCAGCAUUUCUCAACUGGAGGAUCUUCACUGUCUCAUCAUCAGGGACUGCCCUUUAUUGGAAGAUUUGCCAGACAUACAGGAAUUAAAGCUGCUUGAGGUUGUUGAUAUUUCUGGUGCUCGUGGGCUCCAAACUUGUUUCGACAACACAAAAGGCGUAAAGAAAAACAAAAGCAAAAACAAAAACUUUUAUCAUCUUAAAAGACUUCAGCUCCUUGACUUCUCGGAGAGCCAAAUAGAGCGACUACCUAUAUUCCAGGACUCUGCGGUGGCCGACGAGCUUCACUCCGUGACUCGGCUCUUGUUACGCGAUUGUAGCAAAUUAAGAAGAUUGCCUAGCCUGAAGCCCUUGUCAGGUCUGCAAAUUCUUGAUCUCUCUGGCACUACUAGCUUAGUGGAAAUGCUUGAAGUGUGCUUUGAGGAUAAGAAGGAACUCAAAACUCUUAAUCUCUCGGGCACGAAUCUCAGCGAGUUGGCUACCACCAUCGAGGAGCUGUCCAGUCUCAACGAACUCCUACUAAGGAAUUGCACCAACCUAGAAGUUCUGCCAAAUAUCUCAAAACUCAUGAAUCUCGAGGUCAUUGAUGUUUCCGGCUGUACCAAGUUGCAUACAAUCGUGGGAUCUUUUGAGGACAUGUCUUACCUACGUGAAGUAAAUCUCUCUGGCACCAAAGUGAAGACACCAGAGCUGCCCAAGGAGACCAAAUUCCGUUGUCCAAAGCUUAUUACUCUGGCAGAUGGAACGUCUUUUAAAGGUGAGGAAUGGAGCCAAAUAAAGAAAAACACUGAAAGUGAGAAAUCUGAGAAGGCCAGCUCUUCGAAUGCAAAUUUUGAAUCCCGAGAAAUAAAAGAGAUUGAGCCGAAUGAGCCUCGCGCCAGUGAUAGUUCCAGUAAUGGAGACGUAAUCAAGGAACCUCUUCUCCAGGUCCUCAUAAACAGGCCUCUAUUUAAGACGACAUUGUCAAUCUUUGAUUCUGCAAGUCAGCAGGAAGUCAUGAAGAUCAAUGAAACCAAUGAGCCAGGUGAGGAAGCCCUGGCUAAUGCUGAGUUUGUGUCUUUUGUGGACUGUAGCUCCUCAAGAAUCACAUCUAUCUUGAACAAGAUCAACUCGGUGAAGAGUUGCUGGGUAAGGAUGUGCAUGGAUACAAAAAUGCUUUUCUCUGGUGUGGAUGAGGAACGCUUGGGAUCGCUGGAGACUUUGUCGAUUACAAAUCUUCCAUUGUUGGAGACUAUAAGUUGUGGAGGUAGCUUGAAGAGUCUGAAGGAGCUAAGCAUAGAAUGCUGUCCGAAUAUCAUAACGCUUUUCCCGGAUGCAACUCAGCUGCCUAGCAGCUUAAAAGAUCUGCAUGCCAAGUAUUGUGAGAAGCUGGAGAAUGUUAUUGGAGGAGUCGAUUCGUCAGCUCUCACUAAUCUGCAAGAGAGAGUGGAUGAGAAAACUUGCCCAAAGUUCAAGGUCGUAAGUGUUUGAGUCGUCUUGCAUCAAAUCUCGUCUCUUUUCAGUCUCAUCUUAGCAUUUUACACUGCUGUGUAUUUGCAGGACUGGAUUAUGGUAGAUCACAGUGACGCAUCACCACAAGACUGAGAGGAUCACAGACGUAGCUAGAGCAAGAUCUACUUACACCACUAAAUCAUCUGGAUCGUUUCCUCUAUAAUGAUUUACGUUCUUUAUUUCUGCGUGUUUCUGAAGCUUUGUGUGUGUUGAAUAACGACCGGCUUUGUAACAUCAUCAUACCGGGUUUUCAUUUUUUUGUUUGUUUGUUAUGUUUCCUGUUUUAUGAGUGGAAGAGACCUAUGUUUUGAUUGUUCUUUCUCAUACAUUAUAUAA